AUGUCAGCCCAUCACGAGUCGGAGUCCAAUGGCUACGACAGUCACAUACACCCCAUCGAGCGAUCCGACUCUUCAGUGUCAACAGCCACAUCUGAGAACAAUGAGCCCGACACCAGUCAACCUGUGAUCCACCAGCCUGUGCCCACGCGCCCGCCAAUGCCAAACCGAAAAAGCAGCGGUCCUCUGGUCGUCCCUCGCGACAGUUCCGAGGUUGGCCCUGUCGAGCCUCACUUUGGUCCUGAUGAUGUCAGAGCCAUGAGUCCUCGAAGAACCAGCGAAGACAUUGACAGACUGGGCAAGGAAGCCAGAGAGGAAAUGAGAAGACACGCCAAAGCCUUGCAAGAUUCGCUCAUCACCAUAUUCAAUCGUAUCGAGGCGGUACGUGAAGAGCACGACAAAUUGGAUAACAACAACAAGUUCCUCCAAAAGUACAUCGGCGACCUCAUGACGGACGAAGGCCUCGAGAACAGUGAUGUCGGCUUUGAAAAGAGGAUGCAAGGUCAGCAGCACGUCACAUCAGAUUCCAAGUCGAUCACGAUGACGCCCUUUUUCUAA